CAUUGUAAUACUUUUCUCUUGCGCUUGCAAUCAAAUCCCCAUCCCCAUCCCGAUCCCCCUCCUUUCUCUCUCUCUCUCUCUCUCUUUAAUCUUCUUCAUCCCUUCCCUUCUCUCAAUUCCUCCACCACAACUCACAGAACCACCACUUGUUACGAUUUCGUGAUAUUAUCUCUUGAUCAGAUUCUGUGAAAAAAUCAAAUAUGGCUUAUGCUGCUGUAAUAUAUCUCAAUGGGAUUCUGGAGCAGAUGUCAAAUCCUCAUCUACAACAACAUCAGACUCCUCUUCAGGACCAGCAAAUUAAAUCUCUCCAGGAAAAGUUGAAUUUCACACUAGAUUUUCUGGAUGAUUCUUUCAAGAGAAGGAGCGGGGAAAUACAAAUUUUGGAAAGAGAAAUUCGAGAUGCAGUGCGCAAAGCUGCAGAUAUCUUCGAAUUAUAUAUAUCGAAGAAUUUUGAUCAGGAAGGUUUAAAAGAAAGACAAAUCAGAGACCAAACUUUUUGUGAAAAAUUUGAGAUAGUAGCAGAUGAAAUUGAUUCCAUUAAGAGAAAGGCGGCCGAUCUUAAGGUAUUGUGGGGUGCAACAGAUCUGCACCAGAGCCAGAGGACUUGUUUGCCAACCGGUCCAUCAAGACUUGCUUCAAGCGGCAGGAGUGAUACGGUCGGGUUUCGUGAAGAUUUGAUGGAAAUAAUUGAUCAACUUACUGGAUAUCAGCCUGCUCUUCAAAUUAUCCAAGUUACAGGCAUGGGAGGCAUUGGCAAGACCACACUUGCUAGAAAUGUUUACAAUCAUCCACACAUUGAACAUCAUUUUGACAAUCGUGCCUGGGUGUCAAUUUCUCAAGAAUAUCGUGAACGAGAAGUCUUGCUGAGCCUUCUGGAUUCCAUGAAACAACUCAGUGAUGAAAUGCAUCGAGAGAACAGAACUGAAAUAUUAAAAGAGUGUCUAUAUAAAAGUUUAAAAGGUCAGAGGUAUCUCAUCGUGAUAGAUGACAUUUGGACUACUGAAGCUUGGGAUUCUUUGAGAAAGAUAUUUCCAGACGACAUGGAGGGAAGUCGGAUCAUGUUGACCUCACGCCUGUCGAGUGUGGUUGACUCCUCUCACCAUUCCCAUCAAAUGCAAUUUCUGAAUGCGACUGACAGUUGGAAUUUACUUCGUCGGGAGGUGUUUGGGGAAGAUUCUUGCCCUAUCGAACUGGAGGAAGCAGGAAAGGAGAUUUCAGAGAAUUGUAAAGGACUUCCACUUUCCCUUGUCGUGAUUGGUGGUCACCUUUCCAACGCCAACAGGACGAAAGACCACUGGGAGUAUGUUGCACAAAAUAUCAAGUCAGUAGUAACUACAACAGAUGCAAACUGCUCAGAAAUACUAUCUCUAAGUUAUGAUUACUUGCCUCAUUAUCUAAAAGCAUGCUUUCUCUAUAUGGGAGUUUUUCCAGAAGAUGAUGAAAUUCGUGUCUCCAAACUCAUCAAGUUAUGGGUUGCAGAGGGAUUUCUAAAACCAGUCAGAGGUAAGAAAUUGGAAGAAGUGGCAGAGGAAUGUUUGGGUGACCUAAUUUCCAGAAAUCUUAUUAUGAUUAGUAAGAAGAGUCCUGUAGGAAAGAUAAAAACCUGUGGCAUCCAUGAUAUGUUAAGGGACCUAUGCUUAAAGAAAGCCCAGGAGGAGAAGGUUAUUCAUUUCAGAGAUAAAGAUGACAUUUUUGCUGAAAGCAUAAAGUAUUCACGUCGCUUGUGCAUUCAUCCAGAUAUUCUUCACGAGGAAUUCAAAUGUUUCCAGUCCAUGGGAUCCUUGCCAUCAGUCCAUUCUAUUUUAAUUUCAUUUUCUGAAGACGGCCUCAUAUUCCCUAAAGACCUAGACGAAAACCAGAUUUAUGAAUUAGUUGAUGGAAAACUUUUUCCACUGCUUAGGGUGUUGGAUUCCAAACAAUAUGAAGAGGGUUUCCCGUUUGGAGAAAUAAAAUUAGUUCACUUAAGGUACCUUGCUUUCCCCCGUUAUGGGGAAGUUUCCGUGCCUAAAACAUUACCUGAUUUUCUUGGGCAUCUACAGACCUUAAUUGUAGAUAGUUACGAUGUACAUCUACCAGAGGAGAUAUGGAGGAUGACACAAUUAAGGCAUCUCCUGAUCGGGAAGUGUUAUUUGCCAUGCCCUACUAGAUCACCAAUAGCUGGGGAGAAUUUUGUUCUAGGAAAUCUUUUAACACUUUUGAAAGUGAGUGGUUCUAGCUGUACCAAGGAUGUCUUUGAAAGACUUCCAAAUCUAAACAAGUUAGGAAUUUUGAAUGGCAAGUAUGAUACGAUUUCUUUAGGUAUUCUGGUUAAUCUUCCUCGACUUGAGACCUUGAAAAUUAUAAGUGUAGAUGAACGUGUUAGAGUUCCUAUAAAUUUUACUUUCCCACCAAAUAUCAAAAAGUUAACUUUAGUGAGUUGCAAAAUUGCUUGGAAACACAUGACUAUUGUUGGUUCAAUGCCCAACCUUGAAGUGCUCAAACUGCUAAAUAAUGGCUUUGGGAGCAAUGGGAGGCUAGAAUGGGAGCCAACCGAAGGAGAAUUUCGCAAACUAAAAUUUCUGCUACUUAGAACUAAUUUUCUAGAGCAAUGGAGAGCCAGUAACGCUAACUUCAGAAGCCUUGAGUGCCUAAUGCUUAGGGGCUGUUUCAAACUAAAGGAGAUCCCUCGUAGCAUUGGGGAUAUACCAACUCUUCAAAUCAUUGACUUGGAUGAUGCUAGCCCUUCAGUUGUGACUUCAGCAAAGCAGAUACAAGAAGAACAAGAGGAGUUCGGAAAUGAUAUUCAAGUUCGUGUCCUUGAGACAUGCCACAAGUUCAACCAUCAACAGAGCGAGGGAUUGGGGGCUGAAUUUAUAGCUAAUCUUGAGUCAAAUGGCAACGAAUUGCAAGCCUGUCCUCUGCUAAGUAGGCUUAUUAAUGGCAUGAAUCCACCAUCGAAAAAAUUAAUAUCUGGAAUUGUUUCUCGACUCCUCGAGAAUUAUGGUGGAGAUGAUCACCUAAUGCUUCAGUUUGCGGUAGUGGCGGCUAUCAAAAAAUUUUUAGUACGUUCAUCUGACAACAUCAACAUCCUAAUUGAACAAGGUGCAGUUCCCAUGAUGGCCAGUCUUCUUAGUUCUCCCGUUAAUGGACUUCGCAAAGAGGCACUUGAGGUGUUGGGAAAUAUUGCCCAUGGCUCAGCAAGUUCUCGUGACCUUAUCCUUAGUUAUGGAGUGUUAAUGCCCUUAUUGGCACAAUAUAAUGAUAAAACAAAUCUAACCAUCAUGCGUUUGGCAACAGAGACAUUGUCUAUUCUUUGUCGGAGAAAGCCUCAGUUCGAGCAGGUGAAAUCUGCCAUCCUACCUCUUUCUCAGCUGAUUCAUGAACAUGAUAAAACGAUCCUUACGCAUGCAUGCAGGGCACUAUUCUAUCUAACUUGUGGGAAAAUGGAUAUAAAACAAGCUGUGAUUGAUGCUGGUGUUUUCCCUAGUUUGUUUGACCUUUUAAAAUAUCGUAAAUCAUAUAUUUCGCGUCCUGCCCUGCGAACCAUUGAUAAUAUUAUUUCAUAUGUAGAUGAUACCCAGAUUCAGGUCAUCAUUGAUAAUGGGGCUCUUCAUUGCCUGUGUAGAAUGUUGACACGAAAUUCCAAUAUCAUUGUCACGGAGUCCACUUGUUAUAUCAUUUCAAAUAUCUUUGGACGGACUAAAGAUCAUAUUCAGGCUGUGAUUGAGGCUGGUAUUAUUUCUCCUCUUCUCCAACUGCUUCAAGAUGCUGAUUUUUUUAAAGCAGCUGGUGAGGUUAUCUAUAAUGCGACGACUAAGGGAACUAAUCAGCAAAUCAAGUUCCUGGUGCACGAGGGUUGUAUAGAGCGAAUGUGCGAUCUUCUAUUUAAUCCCAACGAAGUGCAUGUCAUAAAAAUCUGCUUGGAAGGCCUUGAGAACAUUCUGAAGCUUGGAGAAGCUGAAAAGAACCAAGGUAACCCCGAAGAUGUGAAUGUCUUUGCUCAAAUGAUUGAAGAUGCUGGGGGUCUACAGAAAAUUAAGAACCUCCAGACUCACGACUACAGUAAAAUAAGCCGAAUUGCUGUGAAGAUACUUGUAACGUAUUGGCAUCAAGAGGGCAAUAAUGAUGAGGACGACAACGAUGAUGAUAGUGAUGAUGGUGGUGGUGUGACGAUGACUGCCGAUGAUGAGGAUGACGAGGACUCUGAGGAUGAGGAUGAGGAUGAGGAUGAGUAGGAGGGGGAUUAUAAUGAUGAUGAGGAUGGGGAUGGGGAUGGACGGAUGGUAACGAUGAGGACUCUGAUAUUAAACCAAACACCCUAUCAUGACUUUCAGCUAACUUUUUUAGUGAUGUUCCACAAUCUGGGUUUGUUUAUUAUAUAGUAAUUUAUCAUUUCAUUUGGUUUUUGCUAAAAAGUUUUAAGGCAUGUUUGGUACAAACUAAUGGAUUAAUGCAGACAACAUAAAGGAUUAGAUUUUGAGCA